UCCGCGGCUUAUCGCCGCGCCGCGAUACAGCGCGCGUCCGCAUACCUGCCGCGAUUACGAUAUCGCACGCACACACGCGCACCGUGUCGCAGUGUGGGUGCAAACAUUCGCGAAGCUCGCGUCACAUACUCCGCUCAGCUCGAUAAUCAAUUAUUUGUUGUUCACAUUCUUAACAAUAAGACGCUAAUACAAACCUUCGACAAAAGUAAAGUGGACUGUCCAAAAACGUUUGGAGGUCUCGUGUGAUUAUAAAUAUCUACAGGACAGGCAGCAUAACACGGUGCAGUGCAGGGUUAGAAUUGUAAUAGUAAAAGUGUAGCAGUGCCUCCACUUGUUCAACACAAGGAGAUUCGUCGCUCCGAUACAAUAAGUACAGUGCCGGGUAUAGAGCGGAGUGGCGUGAUGUGCGCCUGAGCAUGGGGUCGCGAGGCGGAGGCACGGCGCGGUCGCGCGGCGACACGCAGCGCGCGCUCGACGAGUUCGACGAGCUGGCGGGGCUGCGCGGCGCGGCCGGCGACAGCGGCAGCCAGGCGGAGCGCAGCGUGUACGUGCUGGAGCACCUGGCCACCUUCACCGUCACGCGGGAGACCGGCAUCGUGUACCCCGCCGACGGCAUGCGGAGGCUGCUGCAGCUAGAGAAAACCAACGGAAUAUGGAGCCAAAAAAUGCAAUUGUGUCUGGAGGGUUCGUGGGUACUGGUCAUGGACUACGAAACCGGAUCGAUAAUGGAGCGCUUCCCCGCGUCGUGGGUGCACUCCCCGACCGCGUUCACGUCGCCGGAGCCCGCCGAGCUGUACAACAACGUGCUCGCGUUCGUGGUGGGCGCGGCGGAGGGCGCGGGCGGGGCGGGCACGCCGGGCGGGGCGGGGGGCGCGCCGCGUCGCGAGCUGCACAUCUUCCAGUGCCACGACGUGAGCGCGCAGGCGCUCGUGGAGGAGCUGAACGCGCUCAAGGGCGUGACGGGAGGAGGGCCCGGCGACGGCGGGCGAGACUUCAUCAUCGAGAGGGAGCGCGAGCGGGAGCGGGAGAAUGAUGGCGAGCGGCCGCGGAGACAGCAAAUGUCGGCGCAGCUCGGGCGCGGCGAGCGCGGCGGCAGCGGCGGCGAGCGCGACGACGCGUCGUCCACGGGCUCGGAGCGGCUGUACGAGCAGGACAUCGCCAUCCUCAACCGCUGCUUCGACGACAUCGAGAAGUUCAUCGCGCGGCUGCAGCACGCGGCGGCGGCGCAGCGCGAGCUGGAGCGGCGGCGGCGGUCGCGCGGCGGCCGCCGGGGCACAGGCAGCGGCGCCAACGCGGGCGAGGGCAUGCUGGCGCUGCGCACGCGGCCGCCGCCGGAGCGCGACUUCGUGGACGUGCUGCAGAAGUUCAAGCUGUCGUUCAACCUGCUGGCGCGGCUGCGCGCGCACAUCCACGACCCCAACGCGCCGGAGCUGGUGCACUUCCUGUUCACGCCGCUGGCGCUGAUCGUGGACGCGGCGCAGGACACGGCGGACGGCCGCCUGCCGGCGCGCGUCGUGCAGCCGCUGCUCACGCGCGACGCGCUCAACCUGCUCGCCAACUGCGUCACCAGCAAGGAGACGGAGCUGUGGCACUCGCUGGGCGACGCCUGGCUCAUCCCCAGGGAACAGUGGAAGACCACCAUCCCGCCGUACCAGCCCGUGUUCAUGGACGGCUGGAGCCCCGACUACCAGGUGGACGACCAGCCGCUGCGCAGGUCGUCCCCGCGCCGCAGCUCGGGCGGGCGCGCCGAGCUGGCCGCCGCCGAGCCCGCCGCGUACGAGCGCUACGAGCGCGACGAGCCCGACAUGUACGCCGAGCAAUACGCACCCUACCCCAGGUAUGCAAUACGCACCCUACCCCAGGUAUGCAAUACGCACCCUACCCCAGGUAUGCAAUACGCACCCUACCCCAGGUAUGCAAUACGCACCCUACCCCAGGUAUGCAAUACGCACCCUACCCCAGGUAUGCAAUACGCACCCUACCCCAGGAACAUGCGCGGCGUGGGGCGCGACGACUCGGGCAGCGCGGCCUCCUCGCCCGACCGGGAGCCCUACCGCGGAGACAGGGACGACGAUGACCUGGGCGAGGCGUGGGCGCGCGGCGUGAUGGCGCGCGGCGGCCGCGUCGUGCGCGUCACGUACCCGCGCACCGCCAACAACGACAAGGAGCUCACCGUCGUGCGCGGCGAGUACCUCGAGGUGCUGGACGACUCCCGCAAGUGGUGGAAGGCCCGCAACCGGCGCGGCGUGACGGCGCACGUGCCGCACACCAUCGUGGCGCCGGCGAGCUCGCCGCCCGCCUCGCCGCACCUCUACCCCAACCCCAUCUACACACACUACCAGGAGAACGCAGGCGGGCGCGGCUCCGGCGGCAGCAGUCCCACAGGGCCCACGGAGCGAGCGAUGCCGCCGCCCCCGCCGCCCCCGCCGCCGCCGCCUCCCGGGCCCGCCGCCCCCGCCGCGGUGUUCGCCGCGCCACCACCGCCCCGCACCACCUCCGACACCAUCAAGUCGACCAAGUCGAUGAUGAGCCAGAACGACGGGCUGCAGGAGGAACUGAAGCUGGUGCUGCCAGCCAUCCAGCAGCGGAAGAACAAACUGGACAUCAAGAAGACGCCAGACAUCUUCAUCGACCAGAAAUCAAACCCCGACGAGGUGGCAGAAUGGCUGGAAGCGAAGGGUUUCAACGCGGCCACACAGCGCGCACUGCGCAUGCCCGGCCACCAGCUGUUCGCGCUGACGCGUGCGCAGCUGGAGAAGGCGCUGGGCGCGGACGAGGGCAAGCGGCUCUACAGCCAGAUCCUCGUGCAGCGCAACAUCUCGGGGUACAAGACGACCUCCGCGUCGGAGCUGCAGAGCAUCCUCCGCAAGGUGCGCGAGAAGGUGGAGGUCUCGUGAGCAGAGCGCGCAGGGUGGGCGGAGCGAGCAGAGUGGGCGGGGCGAGCACGCCGCGCGCGCUGCACGUGCUGCCCGCGCGCGCGCUGCACCCAGAGGACGACGACGCGUCCGUAUGCUGACACGUUAUAGGUUUAUAGUCUACGAUGUAAGAUGAUUUUUUAAACAUUUUGUAAGGUAAGGUAAGUGAUAACUUGUUUAGGAUAAAUCUUCAAUGUUUUGUAUUAAUUAUUUGUAAAUUAUCAUUAAAUUAAAUUAUCUUUUAUUUUUUAAA